CCAGGCUAGCCCAGAGAGGUUCGCCUACGGCGGGGAGGGACCGGCCCGUCACAAUGAUCUGUAUGGAGUUCUGACCUAGGAUCGGAUCGGGUCGCCCCCCCCCAACCCCACCCUCUCCUUUCAUGUAGUCUCAAUCAUUUUGAUCAAAAAGUCUAAACGGUGCGGUGUGAGUGUUUUGAUUGAUACAGGCCCUUGGUCUGGUCCAGUAACUAUAACUACAGUAUCUGUCUGUCUAACUUUCUGCAGCAGCCAAUCAGACUUUGGCUGUGUGACCACUAUGGCUAGCUGUCGAACAACCACGUGUUUUAUACACUAUCGUGGCAGUCCAUAUUGUCUUAUUAAUUACUGGACGGUAGAUGAUCAAAGUCAUCUGUAUCUCGGAACAUUCUGCACACACACACACACACACACACACACACACACACACACACACACACACACACACACACACACACACACACACACACACACAGGAAGGAGCAGCGAGCAUUCUGGGAAUUCCAACCACUAUACACUACAUGUUGUAUCAGCUUUUAUAUUGCGUUGUUUUAACCUGAUAAUGCGGAUCCAUAAUGCCAUUAUCUUUCUCUGUUUUAUCCUGAUAAUGCAGAUCCAUGAUGUCAUUAUCUUUCUCUGUUUUGUCCUGAUAAUGCAGACCCAUAAUGUCAUUAUCUUUCUCUGUUUUGUCCUGAUAAUGCAGAUCCAUAAUGUCAUUAUCUUUCUCUGUUUUAUCCUGAUAAUGCAGACUCAUAUUGUCAUUAUCUUUCUCUGUUUUAUCCUGAUAAUGCGGAUCCAUAAUGUCAUUAUCUUUCUCUGUUUUAUCCUGAUAAUGCAGACCCAUAAUGUCAUUAUCUUUCUCUGUUUUAUCCUGAUAAUGCAGAUCCAUAAUGUCAUUAUCUUUCUCUGUUUUAUCCUGAUAAUGCAGAUCCAUAAUGUCAUUAUCUUUCUCUGUUUUAUCCUGAUAAUGCAGAUCCAUAAUGUCAUUAUCUUUCUCUGUUUUGACCUGAUAAUGCAGACCCAUAAUGUCAUUAUCUUUCUCUGUUUUAUCCUGAUAAUGCAGACCCAUAAUGUCAUUAUCUUUCUCUGUUUUAUCCUGAUAAUGCAGCUCCAUAAUGUCAUUAUCUUUCUCUGUUUUAUCCUGAUAAUGCAGACCCAUAAUGUCAUUAUCUUUCUCUGUUUUGACCAGAUAAUGCAGAUCCAUAAUGUCAUUAUCUUUCUCUGUUUUAUCCUGAUAAUGCCGAUCCAUAAUGUCAUUAUCUUUCUCUGUUUUGUCCUGAUAAUGCGGAUCCAUAAUGUCAUUAUCUUUCUCUGUUUUAUCCUGAUAAUGCGGAUCCAUGAUGUCAUUAUCUUUCUCUAUUUUAACCAGAUAAUGCAGAUCCAUAAUGUCCUUAGCUUCCACUGCAUGCUUCCAAUGUACGGCUACUUCCCAAAUGGUAUCCUCUUCUCUAUAUAUAGAACAAUACUUUGAGCCUUUGUGGGCAUGUAAAUUAGGUCAAACAUUGUGCACUAUAUAUAUAUAUAUAUAUAUAUAUAUAUAGGCAGUAGGAUGCCAUUUGAGACAGAACCAAUCAUUCACCACGUAUUUACUUUAGACUAAAGAAGGGUAUUUUAGCUCUAUAGGUCUUUAAUGGCUGAUUAUUAUCAUUAGGUAGAGAAGGCAGUAAUCAUAAUAUGGAUGAUGAGAAUCAUUGUAUGAUAUUUCAUUAUUUUACUGAAACAUACAGUAGGAUAUGAAAUUAUCUCUGUCUUUGUCCAGACAGGAGAGAGAUGUGGUUAUGGAAGAGGAGAUAAUUGGAAGGAGAGAGGAGAGGAGAAGAUGGGGGAGGACAGGAGAGGAGAUGAGAAGAUGGGGGAGGACAGCAGAGGAGAGGAGAAGAUGGGGGAGGACAGGAGAGGAGAGGAGAGGAGAGG